CCUCCGCAGCGCGCCACCUCGCCUGCAACCCAGCUGCCCUACCUUGUCCGGCGCAACACCAAGGGCUCCAUCCCUGUCUACACCGACAUUCGCAACGGCGGCACGAGAUAUCUCGUCUUGAUCCGGAAUGUGCAAGGCAACGCAGAUGCGCUCGCGGACGACCUCUCGCGCUCCCUCUUCCCGGCGGGCACGAGCGAGGCGGCGCGCAUGCGGGUCCACACCGUGCGCCAGCGACACGUCGUGCUCAGCGGCGGCCGCUGGAAGAACGAUGUCGUCCGCUGGCUCGUUCAGAAGGGCUUCUGA